CUUCCAUGGGAAGCCAAAGAAGAGGAGAGAAGGAGAGAGAGAGAGAGAGAGACGCCGGCCGUACGCCCUCCUCCUCUAAAUCUCCUCCGAUUCGCACCUCGCCUCGGCGAGAUCGGAUGCCGCUGAGGAGGAGGAGGAGGCGCUACUAAUCCUCUCCGCCCGCCGCGCCGAGGGGAUCUUGGAUCGACGAGGAGGGGGAGGGGAGCAGAUGCGGGCGAGCCGGCCGGUGGUGCACCCGGUGGAGGCGCCGCCGCCGGCAGCUUUGGCGGUGGCGGCGGCGGCGGUGGCGGUGGAGGCCGGGGUUGGAGCAGGAGGUGGAGCGGCGGCGCAUGGCGGGGAGAACGCGCAGCCACGAGGGGUGCGGAUGAAGGACCCCCCCGGGGCGCCCGGGACGCCCGGCGGCCUCGGCCUCCGCCUCGUGCAGGCCUUCUUCGCCGCCGCCGCGCUCGCCGUCAUGGCCUCCACCGACGACUUCCCCUCCGUCUCCGCCUUCUGUUACCUUGUUGCAGCAGCCAUCUUGCAAUGCUUGUGGAGCCUUUCACUAGCCGUUGUUGAUAUUUAUGCACUUCUUGUGAAGCGUUCUUUGCGGAAUCCACAGGCUGUGUGUAUAUUUACCAUCGGAGAUGGGAUCACAGGGACACUAACCCUAGGUGCAGCAUGUGCAUCAGCAGGCAUCACCGUGCUCAUUGGCAAUGACCUGAACAUAUGCGCAAACAAUCACUGUGCAAGUUUCGAAACUGCAACCGCGAUGGCUUUCAUCAGCUGGUUUGCACUUGCACCGUCCUGCGUCUUGAACUUCUGGUCGAUGGCCUCCAGAUGAGGACACAGCUUGUAUUUAGACAUAAUUUUGGGCUGUUUGUCAGCCAGAUCACUCGGUGCAACAGCCAGGAGAAAACGUAGUGCAGCUAAUUAUACUACGACCAAGUUGAUGAAUGCCUGUGUAAUGAAAUUUGGUGUCGAAUUGUUUGUACAAAAUAGGGGAUAGUUUGUUCUGCAAGAGGGUGGUUGUGAAGCUCUGCAAUUUUUUUUUUUUUGAAAACGGCAUGUUUCUUGUAAGAAGCUUUUUGUGAUCUGAAAACACAGAGCUCAACGUGCCGAUUUGUUAUGUCAUUUUAUUAUUCUGAUGUGAUCUUCAUUCCCGAGAAAUAUGCAGUUCACAUUUUGCA